AUGGGCAUGGAUGUGGUGCAAGUCAUGCGCUCACUGAAACAAUUCGUUGCCGACUUCAACUACUGUCUCCAUCAAGAGUUUUUCAUUGAAAAGACAUCUCCUAACCGUACACUUCGUGUUCUGACUGUUGACCAUAUGGCUGAUUCGAUGCGAACACAUGGCUUAGGUGUUCUGAACACUGGUGUAAAUCUUACUUAUCAGCUCCUUCGAAACAAAUUUACGGUUUUCAAUCAAUUUCUUAAAGAUGAGCAUAUUCAUGCUCAAUUACAGAAGGAUAUUCGCUAUUUUCAUGAGAAUAUUGAAUCGCUAAAUAAAUUGAUGGGAAACGCUUUGGGUUUCGUGCGCUCUAUGUCUUCAGCAGCAGCAGCUGUUGCGAGUCAAAUGAAGGCUUACGACACCGCCGUCGAAGAUAUUGGUCUUCCAAAUCCUAAUGAUGAUUCACCGAUUAGGACCACCAUGGAGCUCCUUAGAGAAUUGCGUGAACAUGCUAGUAAAACUAGAAGCUUUGUAAAAAUGUUGAUCGAGGUAUUCCGUAGUGCUUUUCUGGAUGAAUCUAGGUUUGGUCAUCUGCUCGAUUUUUACGUGGCCGUGCCAGCAUUGACGGUGAAUUAUGUGGAACAUAUGUUGAUGUGCAGGGAUCGACUAAAGAAACGAGCUCAACAUGAUAAAGAACUCACUUUCACUGACGACGGAUUCACUAUGGGCUUAGCCUAUAUCCUCAGUAUACUAAAGCUAUGGCCACAAUUCACAACUUUGAACUGGUUCCGAUCUAUAAAUAAGAAAUGUGCUGCUGAUAAGGAGAUGUUGAAUGAUGAGAUGAAAACUUCGAAAGAUUCUCGGAGUGCAGGCCUUAAAGCAACUCGUUUACAAGCUUAUGAGCGGGAAUUCAAGCUGUUGUCGUUUACGUUACAGUCAUCUCGUGUAUUUUUUUCAGUCGAUGACGAUGAAGAUUAA